GUCAAUCGAAUCGAUUCUCCCCGUACGUUUGUUUUGAUUUGCACCACGCGGACCAAAAUCAGCUACAUGCCGGAAUUGUGUAGUUUUGAAUUAGAUUUAUAUCGCGUGUACGUUGCUUUAAACUAACAAAAAAUGGGUAAGAAAAUCGCGGCCGAACUAAAAACCCGCCUACAAGCGAUUAACGAUGAAAUGGAAUUCUACAUGGAACUGUUCAACAUUCCGGAAUCCGUAGAAGAUGAUGGCGAUGAGUCCGACUAUUUGUUAGAGACGGAUGAAGCCACCAAAAAACAACACUUGAAAAAGAUGAAAGAUACCGAAGAGGACAAGGCACACCGGUUGGAGGUUAAGAAAAACAAAGUCGCCGGAAAGCACCUGGGACGCAAAAGCAAACUGGGAACGGACAGUAACAAGGCCGAACGAAAGAAAUUGAAAAAGGAAAAACAGCUAAAGGAAAAGCUGAAAUCGAUCAACAUGAUGGCAGUAAAACAGGAGCAGCAAAGAAGCAAAUUAAUCGAACACAAGCCGCUGGAUGUAAAGAAGGAAAAGGAACCCAUGUUCAAUGCUGAAGGAAAAAUAGUGUUUUCCAAAGUGCAGCUUGACGAAAGCGACGUUCGAAAGAAGGGCAUCGAAACGGAUACGCGGAAACUGCUGAAGAAGGCUGUUGACAACAAAAAACAUCUGGCCGAGUUGAAGCAAUCGGGCGAACUGGAGAAGUAUGCUGAAAUAAAGAAAAAACAGGCUUGGGAGAAAGCAAUGGCUAAAACCCUCGGCCAAAAGGUACGCGAUGAUCCGGAAUUACUUUCCAAAAAAUUGAACAAGCGUAAGAAGCAGAUUAAAAAAUCAAAGGAAAGUUGGAAGCAACGGCAGCAAAAGAUUGAACACGAGCAAAACCAGCGGCAGAAGGAACGUACGGCUAAUCUGAAGGAACGCGCCCAAAAGAAAAAGAACACCAAGCUGAAGAAAUUGGCCAAGAAGGGGCGAAUCAUACCUGGAUUCUAGAAAUAUACGUGAUAAGUCGACUGAAAAAG